AUGCACCUGAAUGGUACUACAUGGCGCUGCGUCUGCAAGGCCCUGUUUAAGAUCGAGCCUCCAAGGGAUUCUGUGGCUGUGCCGUGUUGGUUUAUGGUGGGAUUUCGGAUCCUUUGGGCAGCAUUGCUGGACGUUGGCUUUGGAUUGGGUCCCUUCCUUCAGCCAAAGAGUGAGGGCUCUUCAUUGCAUCGGUUUUGGGAGCUCGAGCGCCUUGGGCGGCUGGACCACGUCGGCCUUUGCACAAGUGAGUGGAGAGAUUUCAAGGGAAGCAUCUACUUCGAUGAUGGUGCUCUGACCCAGUAUGGCGAAGUCCCACAGACCACGGCUGUUGACAUCAGCGAGUGCUUCUCGGAACCUCAACUUCCUGAGUGCGGCAGCCGAGGGCUUUGUGGAUUCAUGGUGGGCAUGGAGCAGCUGAUGCCCGAAGUGACAUGGAACCGGGAGAGUAUGGACAUGUUUCACGAUGUGCUGCAAGAGGCCGCAGAACGCUUUGCAGGGAAUCUCACAGCACAAAGCCCACUGCUCUCCUUGGCGAACCCAAAGCAGGCAAUCGCAUCUCUUGGGGCCAGGCUGCCACUCUUCGUCCUGUUGCUGUUCCUCUUCAUGCCGUUUGGUGCGAUUUCGGCCAUUUUGGUGGCCCUGUGCCGGCGAGGACCCCAAAACGCCUUGCAUGAAGGCCGGCCAUUCGUAGACAGCCCCAGCUCGAGCGACAGUAGCGACUGA